ACACAGAGAAAUUUUUGACGAAGUGAACACAGAUCUGUUACUCCGGCCGGCCUACCGACCGACCGACCGAACGAACUACCGGACCUUACCGCCGACGAGAGAUCAAUAAAGAAAACAACAAGUCCUGUUCGAAUCGGUAUCAUACUUUUGAUUCAGCAGCAGAAGCAAAGAUGAUGUCUGGAAAUUACACAACCAUUGACAACCAGAAUGUUUCUGGAUCUGUUCCUGCCGUUUCAGAUCCUCCUGGACAAGUUGCUGUGAAAUUUAACGAUGCAAGUCUCCAAACCUUUCCUCCGGCUGGAACACAAGGGAAGAUCUCAGGCGAUGGCGGACCGCCUCGUGAUGCCGAUGAUACAUUCUCAAAGCCGGUAUCUGGUUCAUCAGAACCACAACCAAGUGGUGGUUGGUUUAAGAUAUUCACGAUUGCUGCUUACCAGCCUUACUUUGAUGUCGACACAUCUGAUGUGUUAGAGAGGAUCAAAGAUUCCCUCUUGCCUUUCGGAGGGAGCUUUAACGAGAAGACUGCUAGCAACCCAGACUUGUAUGGACCUUUUUGGAUAUGCACUACCUUAAUCUUUGUGGCAGCUUCAAUUGGUACAUUUGUGACUUAUUUGGCUCACAAGCUACAGCAUAAAGAGUGGAACUAUGAUAUCAAUCUCAUAACCUGGUCUGCUGGUGUGUUUUAUGGCUACGUCCUUGUGGUCCCUUUAUGUUUGUACAUAAUUCUCAAGUACUUCUCGGCACCCUCGGGAUUGGUUCAGCUGUUCUGUCUAUACGGCUACUCCCUUUUUAUCUUCAUUCCGGCAAUGUGCCUAUCCGUUGUUCCGGUGGAGAUAUUCCGAUGGGUGAUAACGGGUGUCGCAGGGAUCAUGUCGGCUUUGUUUGUAGCACUGAAUCUACGCAACCACAUAGUGUCGGCCGGUGAACGAUGGUUCCUUAUCGUGGCCGGUAUUUUCGUCUUGCAGUUGGGUCUCUCCUUUGUACUGAAGAUGUAUUUGUUCAAUGUGAGUGUGUAGUGUUAUUAUUUUUGACAGAAGCUGGUGAUAAUAUCAGCAAUUAUAGAAAGAAGGGAGUGGGGAGGGGCAAAAGAGUAAAUGGACCUUUGAAAACUUGAGAGAAAGUUGUUUUUAAGAUUUGGAGUGUUGUUCCCCAUGGACUGGAAAGCAUAUAUUCUUUUUUUUCUUCUAUAAUUCAUUUAUGAUCAUAUACAUUUAGACAGGUCCAAUAUGUAAUAGAGCAUUGUAAUAAAUCGAUCAAGAUGUUACCCUCA